GAAUCUCCGCCAUUCGGAUUCUUGUGCUUACCAAAUCUCAGUUUCAGUCGUUCCUAGGCUCUGAAAAGGACGAAGAGAAAUGGCCGUGGCCGACGCCGCCGUGCCGCUCCUACCCUCCCACUCAGGCGACAUAACCGGCAAUUCGCCGCAAUCCAAAGAACCCUCUUUUAACAAAAAGAACACUGCCAUCAACUCCAUCAACGACGCGAUCGAACGCUAUAUGGAUGCUGCCGCCAGGCCCACCCAUCUUCUUCUCGCUGCUCUCGCCGCCUUCGCGUGGAUCUUUGACGCCCAUCAGACUUUCAUCAGUAUCUUCUCCGACGCCUCGCCGCCAUGGAACUGCACCUCCUCCGCCUGCUCCCCCUCUUCCACUCCCUGUAAUUUUCCCUCCUCCUCUUGGUCUUAUUUCUUACCCAGCCACAUCUCCACCAUCUCCGACUUCUCCCUCUACUGCACCUCCCCUGUUCUCGUCGGCCUCCCAGCAUCCUCCUUCUUCGCCGGUUGUCUAUUCGGCGGCCUCCUUCUCGCCACCAUCGCCGAUUCCCAACUUGGCCGCAAAAACACUCUCGUCCUCACCACCCUUUCCAUGUCCAUAGCGUCCGUUCUCACCGCCUUCUCUCCCAACUUCGCCGCUUACACCGUCUUCCGCUUCGUCUCCGGCUUCGCCCGCGCCAACAUCAGCACCUCCGCCUUCGUCCUCUCCUCCGAACUCGUCCCCCGCCGCCACCGCGACCAAAUCACCAUUCUCAACUUCUUCUUCUACUCCAUCGGAUUUCUUUCCCUCCCCGCCAUUGCUUUCCUGAACAAAACCUCAUCUUGGAGAUCCCUCUACCUCUACACCUCAAUUCCCUGCUUUUUCUACAGCAUCAUCCUCCAUUUCUCGAUGAAAGAAUCCCCUCGUUGGCUUCUAAUAAAAGGAAGAACAGAAGAAGCCAUCGAAACACUUAAAAAUCUCACCUUCAUGGAGAAACAGAGCUUCUCCGAUCUGACAGAAAUCGAAAACAUAGCGGCAGCGGCCGCGACGGCGGCGGAAAACAAUAUCUUCUCUGCGGUGAGGAUUCUAUUGGAGAAGCGAUGGGCGGUCCGGCGGCUGGCGGCUAUUUCGGCUGUGAGCUUCGGCGUCGGCAUAGUUUACUAUGGCAUGCCGUUAAGCCUCGGUAACCUUACCGCCAACCUUUACCUAAGCACGGCGCUGAACGCCGUCGCCGAGCUGCCUUCAUCGCUGGCCGCAUUCUUGAUUGCCCGGUGGAUGAAUAGGCGGAGCUCGAUGGUGGCGUUCACCAUGGUAAGCGGAAUCUGUAGCCUUGUCUGUACGGUAAUGACAGGCGGUGGAUGGGUCGAGAUGGUGGCGGAGUUGGGAUCUUUCGUCGCGGCUUGUACGGCGUUCGACUUGAUGAUUAUAUAUAGUGCAGAGUUGUUUCCGACUAGCGUCAGAAACUCGGCGAUAGCGGUUUUGAGACAGGUGGUGGUGAUCGGCGGAACUGUGGCGCCGGUGAUGGUGGCUGCGGGGCGGCGGAGGAAGUUUCUUUCUUUUGGGCUGUUUGGUAUUAUAAUAUUCUUCGGCGGAUUGUUCGCCGGUUUCUUGCCGGAGACGAAGGGGUGUGGGAUCAGUGAUACGAUGUGA